UGUUGGAGCACUGGUGGGCCUGUCAAUAGCAGCAGUGGUCCUCUUUGCUUUUAUCAUCACUGUGUGUGUUCUCUGUUAUUUGUUUAUCAGCACGAAGCCACGCAGCAAACUGGAUACUGGUUUAAGCUUACAGAUGGCAGAUAGAGAGCUGCAUCCUUCACAAGGCCCUCACCGAAACAAGCUGCUGACAAAGCCGAGUGGCUUCAAGAGGUUCCUGAGCCAUGAGGUGGACUGUGACUGUAAGCCACAAGAGCCUGACUCACUCUUCCAGAGGAGUUUCCUGGCAGUUACAACCACUGUCAAUAACCAGAGGCCAAUCUUAAGCUGUAUGAAAAUAUGUAUUUGUAAGAUUCUCGUGGAUCCUAAAAUUAUGUUGGUGGGAGAAUUUUCCAACAAAAAAGUGAAGUUUGUGUAG